GCUGAGAUAGGGUUAAAACAAAGGAGUUGCUAAACCCAAGCUGUGGGUUCUACAGUUUCUUUUAGUUGGAAGCGCUUCCGUCUUUGAAUUGCGCAGAGCAACGAAGCUCCUCCCAAACCAACGACUUUGGCCGACGGCGCUGCCCCCUGAAUUUCCUAGACCCUUUUGACUUCAGGAUGGGUCCUCGACAGUGCCAAGUCUGCAACGAAGCUCAGUCCAAAUACAAGUGUCCUUCAUGUUACUUACCUUAUUGUUCUCUGGUCUGUUUCAAGAAACACAAAGAAUUGCCAUGCGUCAAGCCACAACCUUCAGAGGCCAAAACAACUGCUGUUUCAGAAUCAAUUGCAGAAAAGCCAUUAGUUGUUGAUGAAUCAAGUGAGGUGCUGGAAAAAUUCCAACUGGAGGCCAUAGCCUCUUCCAGUGAGAUUCGUGAUGCUUUGAAUGAUAAAGCCCUUCAAGAACUAAUUUGCCGUAUUGAUUGCUCCUCAAAUGCAGAGAAUGAGCUUGAUAAAGCUAUGGCAGAGGAGGCAUUUCGCUUGCUCACUGACAAGAUUUUAUCAACCAUCAACCCCUGACUGCAAGUAAUGGUUACUGAAAGAAAGAAUUUGUUGAAUAUGAAAGGAACAGCAGAUAAGCCUCCAAAAUUUGCAGGUUUUGGUUAAUAUUUCUUUUACAUUUGUACAGCUUUGCCCUGUGAUUCAGCUUUUGAUGUAUGAUAAAUUUUGUAUCUUGAGGCAUUGUAUUGGUAAAACUCAAAUCUGUCAAGUGUUGCCUUUGGGCCAUGGCUCUCUUGAAUUGUCGCGUUACAUUUUCGUGAACCAACUUGAUUAUUCCAAUUAUUGGACACAGAAAAAGAUAAAGUUAUCCUAAA